GUCUCCGCUCUCUCAGGCACGCGACUGUGGCAUUGCAGUGAGACUCCAUCACAUUGAUGUUGAGACUCGGUGGUACAACCCAGCACACUGCGAGAGCACUUCGCAUCGCGACUCUCACCGAAGCAGCCACAAAGCGCGUAGUCGCGUUUGGCGGCCAACACCCGCUACCAUGUCGUGAGGCAUAUCCGAGGCGCUUUGGAAGCGCAAGAACACAAUGGCAACAAGCUGCGAUUACUGCAGAUGCCUCAUCUCAGAGCCAAUUGUCCGACCGACCAGAACCAUCAGCAUACGAUUUUGCGAAGACCCUGCCCGUUGUCUGUCCAGGAUGCGGCGGUAUGAGCCAGACGAUUGACCCCGAUGUUGCCGGAUUCUACAGCCCGAAGAAGCGAAAUAUCAGGAAAGGAAGAGACGCAGACAAGCAAGAUGAAGAGAAAAUCUUCGAGCAGGCCAUGGCGAGAUUGUCGUCAGAAGACCAGGCACCUAUACUUCCUCCAAAGCCAGACGUAGAAGUUCUGGAGAACGACAAGCCUUUGCUAUGCGAUCGCUGUCACGACCUGAUGUAUCAGUCGAAAGGCCAGUCCAUCCUUCAUCCGUCGAUGGAGUCUAUACGCGAUAUCAUUGAAUCGAGCCCACAUCGCGACAAUCACAUCUACCAUGUCAUCGACGCCGCAGACUUUCCCAUGUCUCUCAUCCCGAAUUUAAUCUCUUCGCUCGACUUACCGCGCCUACGAACGCAGAAUCGACGAUCAAAGAGCAAGCAGUACAUUCGAGGCCGCAAAGCUGAUAUCUCAUUCAUCAUCACGAGAUCGGAUCUGCUCGCGCCGAAGAAGGAAGACGUAGAUCGUUUGAUGCCAUACCUGCAGGAAGUGCUCCGUGACGCUCUUGGUAGAGCGGGUAAGAAUUUGCGACUAGGGAAUGUCAGAUGUGUCAGUGCUCAACGAGGCUGGUGGACGCCGCAAGUCAAGGAAGAGAUCUGGAAAAGAGGCGGCGCAGGCUGGGUGGUAGGGAAAGUCAAUGUGGGCAAGAGCGCGUUGUUUGAGGUUGCAUAUCCCAAGGGCAGAAACUUGAAGCCAGGUACACAGGCACAGCUGGCAAAAGUCAAGCAGCGUGGUGUGUUGGUCGCGCCUACUGUGCCAGAUGAGCCAUUGCCGGAACAGGGAGAAAGCAGUGCAGCGGGCAUUGGUGAUAGUAUGCUUGAUGCCGCAGAGUCGAGACUGGACGAAGGUGCUGAGACACGAAAUGAAACGAGGGAGCCGGAGAACACAUCCACAAGUACGAGCCUCGAAGCCGACGCUGAGGUGGAAGAGACAGUCGGUACAGUGAUCGAGGAGCAGGGUUCAACACGACUCGGGGUUGAAGAAGAGGGUGAAAUGGAUGACUCUCAGCAAUUGAGAGUCGAGGAAGAUGGCAUUGAAGAAGAUGACGAUGAUGCAGACAUCUCCCUGCUGCCACCUGCGCAAAAGGAGACAGCAUACCCUCAUAUGCCGAUUGUUUCCUCCCUCCCAGGCACCACAGCUUCGCCAAUCCGGAUUCCGUAUGGCAACGGCAAAGGCGAGCUGAUCGAUCUUCCGGGAAUUCAACGCAGCUCGCUCGAGACGCACAUCCAGCCGGAGCACCGAGCUUCUUUGGUCAUGAAGAGCCGAGUUGUACCUGAACAGAUCACCCUCCGUGCCGGCCGCUCUCUUCUCCUCGGCGGCAUCAUCCGCAUCACGCCCAAGACUGACGACUUGAUUUUCCUCGUGUACCCUUUUACACCUCUGACCCCUCACGCCGCGCGGAACGACAAAGCCAUCGCCAUCCAAACCGGCGUCAAUGAAGACGGAACUCCAUAUUCAGGCACAGUGGAGAACAUCGGCACAGAAAGUGCCAAGAAACGCAUCAAAACCGCCGGGACCUUCAAAAUCCAAUGGAACGCCACGAACAAACGCACAGGCUCCCUAACAGACCGCACAGCCGGCAAACGCAAAGUCGACGAAUUGCCUUUCAAGGUCUACAGCGCAGACAUUCUGAUUGAAAGUGUUGGAUGGGUCGAAAUCGCCGUUCAAGUCCGUAGUCGGAAGAAGAAGCCUACUCCUGAUGCGUUCGAUCAAUUGGGCAUCGAAGGGGAAGAUGAGUAUAUGCAACAGAGGGCGGAACAGCGAGGAUAUUCGCAGCAGAAGUCUGAUCAGGUGGAGGAGGACGACUUUCCUGAAGUUGAGGUCUUCAGUCCAAAGGGGAAGUUCAUCGGGGUCAGAAGACCAAUGAAUGCGUGGAUUACGGGUGGGCCGAAGAAAGUGGCGAAGCAUGCAGUGAAGAAGAGGCCCAGGAUGAGUAUUUCUUAUCAGAAGCGGAUGGAGGGUGGGAGAAGGGGAGGGCAGCAGAGGGCUGAGUAGUGAGCAGAAUUCGAAUUCAUACUCUCCACUUUGGUCGCAUUCAUCGGGG